UAGAGGAACCUGGAGAAGUAGAGGCACACCCACCGCCUAUGUUUCAAGUGUACCAGAGUCAGAAUGUGAUCCCGAACCCAGUUCCAGCUUACCAAAAGUCAUAUAACAGAUUAGCAACAAAGCAGUUUAACUGCUAUUUUUGUGGUGGCGCUGGUCAUACAGCAGCAGUAUAUCUAUCAAAAUCGGCAGAGGCUGGCGAUACAGAUCAGAGCAGGGAGGUUGUAGAAAAAAUACACAAGCCAGCAGCUGAAUGUAUAGAGCCUCGUCGAAAAAGGGGAUCCAAAACCCUACAAACUAACGGGAGAACAAAAGGUGUGGUUGGAGAAGGAGUUAAAUCGGUUAGAAAGGCUGG